UGUCUCUUCUAUCCCCUCCAGAGGUAAAGUGGUGCUGGGUUACUCUGAGACAGAGUUGGUCACUAGAGGCUCAGGCUACCAGUUCAUCAAUGCUGCUGACGUGAUGUACUGCGCAGACAACCACCUCAAAAUGAUAAAAACAGGAGAGACUGGUUUCACCAUUUUCAGGCUGCUGACUAAGGCAGGUGUGUGGGUUCAGGCCAACGCCAGGGUCGUCUUCAGGGCAGGGAGACCCGACUUCAUCGUCGUUCGACAGAAAGCCCUGACGAACCAGGAGGGCGAGGAGCACCUGCGUCAGCGGAGAAUAGAGCUUCCCUUCAACUUUGCCACUGGGGAGGCUCUGCUGUAUGAGUCCUGUCCCUCGCUGGAUACUGCCGUUAUGCCUCCAGGACCACCCAUCCCCCCAGGCCUCACUCCCCCAGGCUCCAGCCCUGAGGACAAGCACCUGGACCCUGCCUCUCUCCUGGGGUCCCGACUCUGUCAAGACCGGUCCGUUUACACUCAGCCCCAGGACCCUAACCCUAGCCUGGACCUCCAGGACUUUUCCCCAGACUUAGACCUAGCCUUCCCCCAGGACCCAGGCCUGGAGAGAGCCUUCCUGGACAGCCACGCUCUGCUGAGUGUCCCCGGGGAGCUCCAGGGUCCCCAUAGGCCCAGCUUGGUAGACCCCACAACCCAAACCAUGAUGGACUCUCUGGGGGAGAUCCUGGGGGCGAUGGGGACGGAGGGCCUGUAGGAGCUGAGGAUGGAGGAGACAGAGCUGAGGGAGUGGGAGAGCACCCUCUUCAGGAUCAACAUGGAACAGCAGGUUGUGACGGGGAAGCUGGAUGAUAACUUAGCCAAUGACGUGUUCUCGUACGUGAAGGAGGCUCUGAUGAGGGAGAAUGAUGGUGGAUGUGUGAUAGGCAGCUUGGGACAGGCCACUGAGCCAAUAAACAGACUCCCUGCUCACAACACUGCCAAUCCGAACACACUGGGCAUGUUCCCUCACUCCCAGAGUUCCUUAUUGCCAGUCAUCCAGGGCUUCAAUGGCGGGAUAGGCUCACACUGUGAGAACCGAUGGCAGAUGGUUGGUCCACACAUGACCUCUAAUCUCAACAGCUAUGAAGAGCAGAGGCUGCUGGGAAAUGGAGUUGUUAGUGGCGUGGAGCAUGGGCUGGGGUGUAGUCCUGGGAUUGUUAGAGAGCCACGCAGCGUUGUAAACACAAAUAUACUACCCAAGGCUGCUCAGACGUUUGCAGGGCAACGGACUCAAGGAAGUGGCGGCUAUCUCCAUGGCAACCGAACGGUCCCACAACCAUCCCAUAUUAACAACCAACCAGUCCUGGAUACAUUCCAUCCAAAAUAUUAUCCUUAAUAAUCCCAUCCCUGUCCCUGUUCCUCUCCCAAACUUGUACAAUAUUCUCCCUGAGGCCUUUGACCAAACCAUACAACCCAGCCUGGAGUUAUACCACUCUGGGACUGGAGAUGCAAACAGGCAGUUCUCCGGGCAGCCCUGUCCGGGUCCUUCAUAUCAGGACCCAAGGCAGUCUUGGCAACAGCCACGGCAAAGUACACAGUGGCAACCCCGGCAGAUACCACAGUGUUUUCCAGCAAAGCCAGUAAAUGGACUCCGUCAAACACACCCCAAACACACCACACACAUACCGUCCAAUAACGCAUCCAGAACUCAAACACUCACACACACCACACACACACCCUCAGGCAGCUGUAUGUUUGAGAAAAGGGCUUAAAAUAUCAGUGGCCUUACACCUUCCCAAAACAGAUCACAUGGUCCCAUACCUGCCCCAACUCAGUCCAAUGGACCCAGACCCACUCCCAUUCUUUCCAAUGACUGUAGAAUCAGCUUCUCUACCUAGGCCCCCAAACCCUUUGUGCCUUACCCUGAAGCAUCCCUAAUCCCAAGACCUUCUUACCCCCAAACCUCCCUCCCUAACCCAACCUACAGCCGCCAUCCCUAACCCCAUCCCUGCCCUAUCCAGAGGGGCUCAGCCAGGGGAGGGCAUGGCAGCUCUCCCUGCCUGGUCUGGGGCUCCAUACCUGGGCAUGAAGCAUCUCCCAGGCCCCUUUCACAGCCCCCAGCUGGUUCCCCGGAGCUCCAGGGGGAAGCAGCUGUAAUAAUAGCAGCUGUAAUAAUCCCAGUGAAGGGAGCUUGACGCUGGGUGAGAGGGGGUUGGAAGGCAGCCUUUUUUCUGGAUGUCCGAUGCCAGGGUUUCCUCCUGAGAACGGAUCUGUACAGUCGUCUUUAUUCUACACAGGUCCCUAGCAGUUCGGUGAUGCGGAUCCUUUUCUCUUCACUGGCCUGGCUAACAGAACCACCAUUUCCUAGACUCUAGGACCUAGAGGAAUACAACAAACCAUCUCCACCGUGGCACCACCAACAUCUCCUGGAGGAAUACAACAAACCAUCUCCACCGUGGCACCACCAACAUGUCCUGGAGGAAUACAACAAACCAUCUCCGCCGUGGCACCACCAACAUCUCCUGGAGUAAUAAAACAAACCAUCUCCGCCGGGGCACCACCAACAUCUCCUGGAGGAAUACAACAAACCAUCUCCGCCGUGGCACCACCAACAUCUCCUGGAGUAAUAAAACAAAC